ACAGCACUCAAAUGCCUUUUAAUAAGUCUUAUAUGUAAACAAAACAAACGGUAUUAAUACGCAAUCAUUUUCCGGUUUUAUCUAAUACUUAAAACCAUUCCAGAAUAUUAUUUUCCCGGAAUGAACAGAAGAGAACAGUGAAAGCAUAUACUAUGAAAGGUGAAGAUGGAUGACUACAAGUAUUUGUUCAAGGUUGUGUUGAUUGGAGAAGCAGGGGUUGGAAAGACGUGUUUGGUCAGAAGGUUUACUCAGGGCUUGUUUCCACCUGGACAAGGGGCUACAAUUGGUGUGGACUUCAUGAUUAAAAGUGUGGAAGUUAAUGGAGAAAAAAUAAAGUUACAGAUCUGGGACACUGCUGGACAAGAAAGAUUUCGGUCCAUUACACAAAGUUACUACCAUUCAGCCAACGCUCUUAUCUUAGUGUAUGAUGUUUGUAGUCAACUUUCCUUUGACAAUAUUCCCCACUGGAUACAGGAAAUAGAAAAGUAUGCCAAUACAAAAGUGUUCAGCUAUCUAGUGGGAAAUAAAAUAGAUCAGAUAAACAGAAGAGAGAUUCCAUCACAUAUUGGAGAACAGUUUGCCAAACGCUAUGAGAUGAAAUUCAUUGAGACCUCUGCAAAAGAAGCAGAAAAUGUGGAUGCUUUGUUUUAUGACAUUGCCACAGAACUGACGAAGCAGGCUCAUCAGCAGGCAUUGGAAACUGACAAGGGGGUCAAUUUCAAGGCUCAUAACACCUCUACAAUCUCAAGCUGUUCAACCUGUCUCAGAUUCUAAGAAUGUACACAUCUUUGUUUUAGCUGAUGCACAUACUUUUCAAAUGACAAUUACAAUUUUUGCAAGGCUCUCAGAAUUAGAUGUCAGAACUGCAAUCAUGAAUGGAUCUGUGUUUAGGAGAUGACAUGUUUAAAGCUGAACACUGCUCGUAAAAGGCAUUGUCCGCCAUAUUUACCUUUCAUAGCUGCUAUCCCUAUAGAACCCCUAUAUAAGCUGCUGAUCUCUUAACAGUUCAAAGUAUUCUGAUCAGAGGUCUCACCUGUGUGGACGGAAAUCUUGCGUCACUGUGUCACUCUGCCGUGGUGAAAUUAUCAAAUUUUUAUGCACUUUUUCCAUUCCAGGAGAAUAAUAACUUCAAAUAAAGAGGUCAAUACAUUAUUUACGAACAAAAUAUGUACAUAAAACAAGAAAUAAAUGCACAAAAUCUAGGACCACGUAAGGAAUGCUACAUGUUGGCCACAAGUUUCAGGUGUGCAAUGGGUGUGAAAUCGAAGGGUUUAAAUAUACCGGUAACUGUGAUGGUGCCUAUUUAUGAGCAGUGUUCAGCUUUAAUAAUUCUAUUACUUGAAUUAUUUUAUGUGAUAUGAUUCAUGCUCCUAAGUUUUUUAAAUUGAUGCUUUAAAAAUAUAAAUUGUUACUUUACCUCCGUAUAUAAAAUAUAUGUGUUAACAUGUACAUCCAUAUCUUUUGCAGUGCAAAGGUAUUUAUAUGGAUUAUUGUCUUUCAUUUGUUGCCAUCAUUCUUGUCUGGUACAGCCAUUUAUUCUGUGUCAUCAUUUGAUAUGUGUUCAAUCAUUAUGUUAAUGGUAAGGAAUUUUUGAAGAACUGAAUAUAUAUAGAUUUUACUCUACCCCCAUCUCAUCACCCCCACCCCCCCCCCCCCACCCUUACACACACAC